AUGUAUUUAGGUGGUAAGAUUAUUAUUUCAGAUAGUAUUGAAACGUUGAAGCUAAUAGAAAUGAGUAAAUACAAACAGCUUAAUUUAAAAGAUAUGUUAUCUCGUAAAAGUCUGAGAUUACCUUCUUCUCAACAGCCUUUGACAUCGAUUGAGCAGCCUAGUGCUGAAACAUCAAACGCAUCGUCAAGCAGCUCGCUUGUCAUAACGAAAGAGCAAAUAAAUCUGGAAAUUGAACCGGAUUCGUCAUCAAUGCCAUUGAUGGCCAUUGAUUCGAGUACAAUGAAUGAAAUGUUGGUACCACUAAGCGAGACGGAUAUCGGUUUAUUUCUGAAUGUUAAAUUGCAUGAGAAUAAUUCAAAUAAAUUCUAUGAAGUAUUGACAAAUCCUUGGAUACCUCCACAUCAUUAA